CCAAACAUCUGUUUGUUCUUCGCCGCCUUCUUCUGGGGACUUACUGAAGGAUUUCUGCAUGAGACCGUCACUUGCUGUGCUCUGUAUAUUCUGAGGCCUGUUAUGUUGAUUUGGGCUUUACCUUAUUUAAAGUAUCUUCAAGCAAACUUUAAAAAAAAAGGAUCAUGUUUUUCAGAAUAACAAGUGAAUUUGCUGUUUUUACAGUCAUUGUUUAUUCAGUUAUUUUUGCAUAUGGCUGGAGAAAGAGUGCACAUUAUACAAACAUCAAACCUGUUUUUCAACUGUCCUUUGUUGUGCUGUACCGCAUGACUUUUGGACUGUCCUUUGUAAAUAUUGUGAUGUCGUGUCACCUCCUGAGUGCAGUUGACUUCAUAAAGUGGAAAAGCUGGUUUUUAGACUACUCAUACCUAUCUCCAGACUUAAUUUUAGUAUUUCUCAAAGUGAUCAAUAUUCUUCUAUGGCCAUUUUGUCUGCUAUCAAAAUUCAAAUUUGAAUUUAAGACACCCUGUCAAGAGUGGAUUAAACGGGAUUGUUUCUCAUGCUGCAAGCCACAGGCUUUCUCAUGGUUCAAAACUAGUGUUUUUUUCAUCGGGAUUUUUAUCUUGUCUUGGAGUCAAUUGUUCCAGUUGAUCUUCUCAUUUGGACUUCUCUCUCUAGGCCAAUGGGUGGCGGGUGCAAAGGCCCUUUCAUCGCUGCUUGCAGCAUUAAUUUUAGCAAUUGUAUUCAUGCCAUUUGUUCAAGCACUACUAGUGAUCGGUUUACAAGUUGUACCUCUUCUUCAAUCAAAAUUCAAAUGUCUCUGCCUAAGAUGGAUAACAUUAUUGUGGAUAAUAACAAUAACACUCCUGGAUAUCAUCCUUGUGAUUUAUAUUAAUCUAACCAUACUGGAAAUGGAGAAAGAGUGUGUGGGAUGGACCUGCGUCAUUGUAUUUAUUGAAGUUCUGAAGAUGAUAGUGUACUUUGACAGCCAUGUACCAGAGGCAGAACGUUUAAGAGUCCAGAAACGACGACAACAGAAUGAGACGAGUCAAAAAGCAUCAAACACAUUGUAUCUCUGUAAUGAAAUCAUGUACAUGUUUGGAGCAGUUGGUCUUGUUUUGUUGAACUCUGUUACACUGACAGCAGAACUGAUCCUGAAAGCACGAAACGGUGAGCGAUUCUUGAAGGAUUUGAGAGUCAUUGUCUUCCCCUCCGAAUGUGUUUUUGCCUUGUAUUGGCUAGGUCUACAAAUGCAUGCUGUCUGGAAGAUUGUUACAACUGAAUCUACAACCAAUCAAAGGAACUCAGAUCAAGGAGACAGCCCUCAACUCAUGAACAUAGUAUCAAAGAUUUAUAAAAGGAAGAAUCGGUCUGCACCUGAAUCUGCUGUUUCACAGAAGACGGUAUCAGAGAUUUAUAAAAAGAAGAAUCGGUCUGCACCUGAAUCUGCUGUUUCACAGAAUACAGUAUCAGAGAUUUAUAAAAAGAAGAAUCGGUCUGCACCUGAAUCUGCUGUUUCACAGAAUACAGUAUCAGAGAUUUAUAAAAAGAAGAAUCGGUCUGCACCUGAAUCUGCUGUUUCACAGAAUACAGUAUCAGAGAUUUAUAAAAAGAAGAAUCGAUCUGCAUCGAUCUGAAUCUGCUGUUUCACAGACACAGUAAUGAGACAAUGGGCCUCAUUUAUAAAGCGUGCAUAUGCACAUUUGAUCUUACAUUUACAUUUAGUCAUUUAGCAGAUGCUUUCUCCGAAGCGACUUACAAAUGAUAAUAGUAGAAGCAAUCAAAUCAACAUGAGUACAACAGUAUGUAAGUGCCAUGUCAUGUCACAGUUUCCUUAGUAAAGUGCUCGUAGUGCUCGUUUUUAUUUUUUUAUUUUAUACAAAUAGAUGGAGAAAGAGAAUAGAAAUCAAAAAAAGAAAAGUAAAAUAUAAAUAAAAAUGUAAGUGCUAAUAUUACUGGGUCAAGUGUUGACAAAAAAUGUAUAUGUCUCGAUAUUUCUUUAGCAGUUUUUUGAAAACUCGGUCAUUCCACCAGGAACAGACCCGGAGAAGGUCCAUGAGAGUGAUUUUGUGCCCCUUGGGAUGACACCACAAGGUGCCGUUUACUUGCAGUGUACCAGUGUGAAGAGAAGAACUGAUAAUGUAAUUGAGUGCAGGAACAAUUGAGGAGGAGGUGGCCUGAAAAAGAUGAGUGGGGAUAGGGUCAAGUGGACAGGUAGUAGGGUGAUUGGAAAGGAUGAAAUGUCUGCCUCAGAGAGCAUAGACAAGGAAGGGAGAGUUUUUGUGUUUUCUGUUGAGAUGUUAUUGUCAGUGUGUGGUGUGGAGAUUUGGCCACUGAUGGUUGUUAUUUUAUGUGUGAAGAAUGUGGCAAAGUCAUCAGCUGUAAGAGCUGAUGUGGGAGGGAGUGGAGGAGGGCAAUGAAGAGAAGAGAAGGUUUUGAAAAGUCAGAAUAUUAAUUUUAUUGUAAUAGUAUGUGGUUUUAGCAUUGGAGAUUUGUAGAGAAAGAAGAAAGGAGUUACUGAAAGAAGCUUAAGGCUGGUUCACACUGUGCGAUUUUGGCCACGAUUUGGUCGCCUGAGACAAAUUUUGCAAAUCCUAAAAGAUUUCUAUAAUCCUAGCCUAAAAUCUGUUGUCUUUGAUCGCUAGUUUGACAUGUUCACAGACAGCCGAUUAAUGACCGACAAAUAUUACCUCCGAUGAAAUUCUGACAGUGUCAGAAGAUUUGGCGCACAAUCCUCCAGUGUGACUUCUCCUACGACGAACGUCAAAUUGUCAUUUUUCAAGACAAGCCGUGAUCAAAAUUAAUGAUAGAGAUGCCGUUGUUAGCCACCAUUUCAGUCCCGUGUGUAACGCAGAUCACUGUCAUCGAAUGUGUAUGUUUUGAUGAUGUAAAACUCCGGACAAGUUUUCAUGCGUGCAUCCGUUUUUAAUGCGUCUUGACUGUCGUGCAGUCUGACAUAAAUGACAGCUGAGAUCCCACAGUGUGACAUGAGGAUCAUGUUCGUACAGUCUGACAAGUAACCAUCGUAAAGGACUAUUAUAAAUCGCACAGUGUGAACCAGCCUUUAGAUCAGUAGGAUCUUUAGAUUUGCGCUAUAUACUUCCUCUCUGCAACCCUGAGACUAGACCGAUGCUCACGGAGAACAUCACAUAACCAAGGUAAUCUGCCAAACAAGAUUGCUUACCCCAAUAUAUUUGCUUGUUUUAAGGAAACACUCACUUAAUUUUGAGAAUUUGUAGACAUUUGUACUGGAAACAUUUCAAAAAAUCUAAGUAAGAAAAGCAUUUUUUUUGCAGUGUUAAAGUUAUGUAGCAUGUAACACAAACCUCUACUUCCGCCAACAGGAACCUGAUUUCGGCAUCACUAUUCUUUUUACAGCCGCUCGCCAUUGUAAAGAAUUUGGACAUUGAAUGGGGCUCUUUUAUAUGCUAAAGAUAUUUAUUAGGCGGAGGUCUGAAAACAUUAAUCUGCGCACAAUUUCAAAAUUAAUUUUUUUUAUUUAUAGAUUUCACAUGUGCAAGAGUUCAUUUUUCGGAAUCGCACUUACGAGCAUUUGAGAAAUGUUCUAGAUCAAACUUAGGACAUUUUCUAUGCAUUUUAUAAAUGAGGCCCACAGACUCUUCUACAUUUCUUCUGAAGUAAAAAGCAACAAAAUGAGACUGACUUCAAAAUUUGUUACAUUUUGUUGAAGAUUACUUGGAUAUUUUUUUUAUAUAUUGGUUAUUGUAUAAUUAAGUAGCCUAAUUCAGGCUUUUUUGAGGCAGUAUUAAGUUUCUAAUCAAACUGAUUUAAACAGAUUUAAUUACAGCUCCUAUGUAAAUGUAAUGUAUUAGAAAAAAUGAGAAUAUUCAUCUUUAAGUAUUUUUAGUUAGAUAUGAAGGAGUUGAACAUGUUUUGCACAUCAUAUGGUUAUUGCAUUAGUGAUCAGGCAUCAUGUUUUAUGAACAGGCUGUUUUUACUUUUUACUUUUGAUUAGAGCCCGACCGAUAUAUCGGCCGGCCGAUAUUAUCGGCCGAUAUGAGCUAAUUGCAUUUAAAUCGGCAUCGGCGUUUAUAACGGCCGAUGAAACAUGAGAAACAGAGUCUCAUGCUUCACUCAUGUUAUGAGUGUUGCAUAGUUUGCCCACCAGAGGGAGCUCUGCAACUCCCCAGUUGACAACAGCGCCAGAAAUCCACUACAGAAGAAAGUAUUGUUGUACUCUUUUGACGGUGAGUCUGUCGUUCGUCAUGUGAAAUGAUUGUAGAUUUAGUUCAUACACUGUAUAUAAAAACAGUGUGGUAGUUCUAGCUAACGGUCCUAUCAUUAUCACUUAUAAAUAUUCUGUAACAUCACUUACAGCCGCUAAUGCAUUGCUAUAUUAGAUUACCCACAAAGC